AUGACGGGCGUCCUCAGCAAGCGCCAGCAGGCGCGUAACGAAAAAGUCCUGCACGAUCUGGUCCAGACGGUCCCGGGAAACAACUUCUGCGCCGACUGUCAAGCACGAAACCCAGCAUGGGCCUCAUGGAGUCUAGGCGUAUUCCUUUGCAUGAGAUGUGCCGCUAUCCAUCGAAAGUUGGGUACGCACAUCUCCAAGGUGAAAUCCUUGAGCAUGGACAGUUGGUCCAAUGAGCAAGUCGAGAAUAUGAAGAAAGUCGGCAACGUCAGAUCCAACGGAAUCUAUAACCCAGACAACAAGAAACCACCAGUCCCAGUCGACGCCGAUGAGGCCGACUCCGCGAUGGAGCGAUUUAUCCGAUCCAAGUACAUGAACAACAACCCGGCUCCUGCGAGAAAACAACACUCGGGUCUCUCAGACGAAGGUGUCCCGCCACCUCUGCCCCCCAAGGCGGGAGGCAAGUUCGGAUUCAGAUCUGCUUCGUCCAUCUUCCCGUUGUCGUCCCGCUCCAAGAAAGAGGCCGCGAUGCGCAACGCUUCGAACCCUAGAGAUAUGCCCCGAAGCCCGUCGCCCAGCGAACUCCCCAAUAAACCGUCCAAGGUCUUUGGCCUGAGCGUUCAGUACGAGCAAGAGGACACCGAGCGAAAGCUGGCCAGCCUCAGGGAUAUGGGGUUCCCGGACAAUCAACGGAACGCUGCGGUGCUCAAGGGCGUCAACGGCAAUUUAGAGCGAGCCAUUGAGACGCUGGUGCGUCUGGGUGAGACUGAUAGGAGGUCUCCAUCUCUGACGGGUCCUCGCGAGAGCUCUUUGCGCGCAACGCGUUCGCACGCCAACUUGUCGUCGACAUCAAGCGGUCUCUCAGCGCCGCAGCAAACAUUCAGCGACCACCCACAGUCACCCUCGACGGCCUCUAGCAACAAUCCAUUCGACUUGCUCCCGCCUCAACCCCAGUCUUCUCAGUCAACUGGAACUUUGGCCAACAAGAAUCCCUACGCCAACAACCCUUUCGGGGCCCCCAGUCAGACUCAGCAAGACUUCAACCAGGCUUUCAGCAACAUGUCUUUGGCGCCCGCUCAACCCUUAUUCCCGCAUCACACAGGCGGUCUUCCAGCGUCCCAGCCGCCGUUUGCUCAGCCUCAGCAGCAGAUGUAUCAGCAGUCCAUGACACCACCGGCACCGCAAGCGCAGCAGAACUACAGCCAUAUCAACUUUAAUAGUAAUAUGACAUAUCCUCAGCCUCAACCGAUCCAGCCUCAGUCGACGGGCUACAACCCGUUCUUCACGAACCAGACGCAGCCUGCUCCGCAGCAGAGUCUGGCCGUGAACACGACCGGCGCGUUCGCAAACAACCCCUUCGCUCGAUCGCCCACGAGAAUCCAAUCUCCAUCAUUGGGCCAGAUCCCCGAGCAGACACAGUCGAACUUCUACACCACGUCGCCGCGACCGCUCUCGCCGCAGAACACCAACCCCUUCUUCUCACAGAUGGCCUCGCAGCCGACAAGGCAGCAGCAAAUGCCUACACCGCAACAGCACCAGCAGCCCUUCCAGCAGCAGCCCUUCCAGUCGCAGCCGUUUCAGUCGCAGCCCUUCCAGCAACAAGCUCUGCAGUCGUCACCGUUCCAGCAGCAGUCACCAUGGCAGCAGCAACCGCCGCAGCAGCCGCAAGUCCAGCAGCAGGAGGUACCUCAGCAACAACAGCAGCAGCAACAGCAGCACCAGUGGCCAGGACAAGACUUUUCUCAGCAACAACAGGUGCAGGCACCCGCUCAGCAGCCCUUGUACCAGCAGCCGCAACAGCCUCAGAGACCUGACAAGGCCUCUAUUCUGGCGCUGUACAACAUGCCGCAGCUGGCCCCUCAGCCGUUCCAGCAGCAGCCGCAGGAACCUGUACAGGCAGAGAACGCUGUGGCUCCCCAGGCCGGCCAAGAAGCCAACGGACCAGCUGCAGGGACCAAGAACCCCUUUUUGUCUAACGGACCGACUUCGCCCGUCAUGACCCAGAAGGACGUUGGUCCGCGCAGGACUGGCGUGAGCCGGGAGAGUAUGGCUUUUACGGAUAUGCAAUGGACAAACGGCCGACACAGCCCUGACGCCUUCGCCAGCCUCAGCGCAAGACACAUGUGA